GUCCAUUUCCAAGAAUCCGCCAUAUUCAAACUUCCGCCGUGGUUUGUGUUCUGUUGUCAUCGAUCUUCUCGAUUUCUUUGUACACAUCGGGACAGUUUUCAUCCGUCCGGACUUUGUCGUUUGUUCGCUCAGCCUAAAGUAAGUAACGUCUCGAUAAAACUGAUUUCAAAACGAAGCCUCCUGCAAAAUGGAAGAAACUGAGGAAGUUAGUGGGAGUACGGCGGGAAACAAAAAGCCUCAACUUCGUCGUAUGUCAUCGAGGACGUCCACCACUCGGGUCAUCAGCGCUGCGGAGCCCUCUCCUCAAACACUGCGGAGAAACAACUCCAAGAAACCUCCACUGCAGAGAGGAAGCUCCUUCACCUUUCUCACUCCUGGGACCCCGUGGGACUUCAGUCUAAAGAGGAAGCGCAAAGAGAAGGAGGAUGACACAGUCAGCCUGUCCAGCUUCGACCUCAAGGAACCCAGUAAUAAGCGGGUGCGACCCCUGGCCAAAGUUUCAUCCCUUGUCAGCUUGAUAUCUCCUUCAAAGAAUGGAGCAGUUCGGCGCUUUGGCCAGACCAUUCAGUCAAUGUCAUUACGUGGCGAUAGUAAGUCACCAGGGAUGUCCCUCAAAGCAAGCAGCAGGACUGCAGGUCCCACUCCCACUAAACGCAGAAACAGCACGCUGUGGUCGGAGACGUUGGACGUCCAUCAGAAGAGCACAUUCUCCACCAAAGAGAUCAAGAGACAAGAGGCAAUUUAUGAGCUUUACAGGGGAGAGCAGGAUCUCAUCGAGGAUCUCCAACUUGCACGAAAGGCAUACCAUGAUCCGAUGCUGAAACUCUCCAUCAUAACAGAGGAAGAACUAGCUCACAUUUUUGGGGAUCUGGAUGCAUACAUUCCCUUACAUGAGGAUUUAUUGAUGAAACUGACAGAGGGAACUAACCCAGAUGGAACGGUAGCUCAGAUUGGACAGAUAGUUAUAGACUGGCUUCCUGGUCUGAACGCUUACAAAAACUACUGCAGCAAUCAGCUUGCAGCCAAAGCCCUGCUGGACCAGAAAAAGCAGGACAGGCGGGUGCAGGACUUCCUGCAGCGCUGCCUGGAGUCGCCCUUCAGCAGGAAGCUGGACCUCUGGAGCUUCCUGGAUAUCCCACGGUCACGUCUGGUGAAAUACCCACUGCUGCUGCGAGAGAUCCUCAGACACACUCCUCUUGAUCAUCCAGACGUUCCAAGUCUGGAGAGAGCUAUCACUAUAAUCCAGGAAAUUCUGUCUGAUAUCAAUAUGAGAAAAGGGGAGUCUGAGUGCCAGUAUUACAUAGACAAACUGGAGUAUCUGGACGAUAAGCAGCGGGACCCUCUCAUAGACAACUGUAAGACCCUACUUUGUCACGGAGAGCUGCGGAACAAGAGUGGCUCGAGGCUGCAUGUGUUCCUCUUCUCCGAGCUCUUGGUUCUGACCCGACCGGUGACCCGGAACGACAGGAGCUGCUUCCAGGUGUAUCGACAGCCCAUCCCAGUUCAGGACUUGGUUCUAGAGGACCUGCUGGAUGGAGAGAUCCGCAUGGGGGGAUCCUUCAGAGGGGCUUUCACCAAUGGAGAGAAAGCUAAGAACGUUUUUCGAGUAAGCUCUCUGGAUCCAUCCCAUGGUCAGUCCCACACCCUACAUGUCAAUGAUGUCUACCACAAGCAGCAGUGGCUCAACUGCCUACGCACUGCAAUGGCCCAACAACAGGGGGCUCCAUCCACAGUUCAGCAGGGAGAGACUGUCAGAGCCAAGCGUCACUCCUCCACCAUCUCAGCAACCAUGUAUGACGAGGAGACAGACGAGAACUGCCAGCCUGCCUCUGGCCCUAAACUCAGGCCUCAGACACUCUCCAAAACCAGACUGGACCGGAAGUUACAAGGCUCACUAAAGAGGAAGGAGACUGGAGUGUAGAAGUUUAACCUGACCUAAUGGUUCCUAAAAGACAGACGCAUGUAUGCAACAUGUGUCCUCUUUGGUAACGUGUCUGUCGGUGUAUUUUCAUACAACCACUGUUUGUUGUGCUUUUGCUUUCUUUGUAGCUGCACUGAAAAAUCUUUUCCAAUCAUUUCCGUCCAAAUGUGUCUCAAAUUGUAGUCUUUAAAAAGUGUAAUUAGUUUACAAAAAAGGAAAAAAAAGUGACUUAACUGUGACUCAAAAUGUAUGUUUACACCAGCUUAUGUGUGUGGAAGUUAAGACAACUUUAUACCACUUGUAGUUCAUGAAAUUUAGCUUCAGCGUUCAUUCCAGUGUUGACACAUUGAAACUUUCUUUGUUUUAUUUGCUGUAAUCAAAAUGUCAGUGCAUCUAUUUGUUAGACAUGUGUGCAGCUGUCCGUUGUGCUAUCUGUGCCAAGAUAAGGGAUCAAGAAACUAAGAAAUUGUGUCUGCAGGAAGCUGUUGAGUGACAAGAGUCUAAAAAUAUUUGAGGUUAGAUGAAAGAUAAUGAACAGGACACGAGUAAGAACACUGACCAUGGAUACGAUAUAUGAGGUAAAAAAAAAAAACUAGAUGUAUUCAGUGAUAAGUUGUUAAUAAGAAAAAAUAAAACAUUUAGUUUGUACUUGUUGUUUGACUGCGAGAUUAUGUUACAACACACCAACGUCCUCAAGGGAGGUUGUACUUUGACCCCUUAGUCACUUCCUUUUACUGUUGACAGAGCUGUUCAACAGUGUGUCGCAACAUUUGUUAGGCAAACAGAAGUUGAGGGAAAUUUUCCACUUUCCACAGUAAGCUCUUACAAGGGUCUUGAUUGAGGUUUCCAUGUCAUAUACUGUCUCAAAACAUUAAAAACCCACUGAAAAUAA